AGUAGGGCACCAUAUUAACUGAUCCCAGAGCGAUUCUGCUCUGUGACCAAUUUUUUGGCUAUAGAUUUUUCCCCCAUUUGAGAAAGAUGUCCACUCAAGGACUAUCCCUAACUUUUUCUCUGUUGUUUAUCUGCUUCCUUAGGAAGAGCUUCUGCAUUUGUGAUGGAACUAUCUGGACAAAGGUCGGAUGGGAGAUUCUUCCAGAAGAAAUGCAUUAUCUGAAAGUUAAGACUUCUCCAUUUCACUGUCUACCUUACCCUCUGGACAAACUAUGCUGCAGUUUUGCUAAUAUGAAUAUAUUUCAGGGUUCUUUACAUCUCGUUUAUAUUUUAGUACAAGCUCUCUUUUUAAUCCUGUCUGUUUUAUCUGUGCUUUACCUGUGGAUGAAAUGGAAAAAACACCAAAAAAAGCUGAAAAAACCAGCCUCCUCAAAUCCAUUUGGUAAUGACCUAGAAAACCAGUCCAUCCAUGACAUUGAUCAAAUACUCUGCCGGCUGGUGGCCACAACAUCAAUGAUAACCAAGUACCUGAAUCACGUGUCCCAUCAUCCUUCAGCUAAGAAAGUCAAGCACGGAAAACUAAAGAGGAAGAGGAGUAAAGGAGAAGGAGCCAGAGGAUACUAGACCUAUCUGUAUGCAAAUGUAACUCAUCCAAUAUGGAGAUUACACAAGAAAUCUGU